AUGUCGGUCCCUGGAGCCCCCUCGAUAAAGUUACUUGUGGGAAGUUUGCUCCUGUUUCCAACCGUGCGCCUCCCGGGGCGAGGGGCGCGGCCCCCGCCACCUGCUCCGCACCGAGGCUCCUCCGCCAUCUCCGGGGGUCUCGCGUCCCGCGGGCGCCGGUGCGGCUGCCUCGAGCCCGGGGGCGCUCGCCUCUUCCCUCCCCGGGGUCCCCUGGCUGCAGCUGGCCAGGCCCAUUGGGCUGGGCGCCGGGACCCCCGUGCGGGCCCCGCACCGUCCAGCCUGGAGCCCUCGGGAAGCCUGCCCAAGCGGCCGGCGCUUCUCAAGCCUGGGCGGGGGUGCGAGGAGCCCCCGCGUCCGCAGGUCCGCGCCGGCCCGCGGCCCUGUCCCGGCCCAGCUGUGCUCGGCCCCUCCAGCCCGCGGCCGGGAGCGCGCCCCUGGCCAGGCGGUCCGGCGCUGCGCACGCGCGAAGGCACCCGCCAGCUCCCUCGCGGCGCCCUCACUCACCGCCCGCACUGCUCGUCGCCUUGGGCGCCGCCGCCGCCUGAGCUGCUCGCUGCUCGCCACCCCGACCAGGUGCCCACUCCUGAGACCCCGGCCCGGGCACUCGGGGAUCUAGCGCCCGGCGGGCUCGGCGGGAACCCGCACGCAGGGCACGCUCCGCGGGGCCGCGCGAGCGCGCCAGGGCGCGGGGAGAGGGCGGGGCCAAGCGGGCAGCGCGCCCGGAGGAGGCCGUGGAGAUGGGGCAUGCGCACUGCCUGUCCCUUCUAG